GAGAAGAUAAGAUCGUCUUGUUGAAUAUUAUUCAAUAACAUGGAGUUUAAAUAUAUAUUGAUAUUAAUAGUUAUAGUUUAUUUACCAGUACUAAUUACAGGAAAAUAUACUAUAAGAGGAGUUCCUGAAAGUUAUGCAGUGUUAGGUGAAAAUUAUAGAUUAGAAUGUAAUGUUACAGAUUCACCUAUACAUGUAAUAUUCUGUACAGGAACGAUUGGUUUAUGUGAUAUGAUAAACUGUGGGAGUAGUUCAACAGAUAAUAGAUAUAAAUGUGGAUGUAUAAAUAAUAACAACAAACAACUAUAUCUCAAUAUAAGUAAUAUAAAUAAACAAGAUGAUACAACAUGGUUUUGUAGAGGUUAUAAUGGUGGACAAGGAGUAACUACUAUAUCCGUUUAUUAUCCACAAGAUAUAACCAGUAUAACAUCUGAUGCUGUAAAUAACGAAGCUGAUGAAGGAUCUGAUGUUAUAUUUAACUGUAAUGUUAAUAGUAAACCAGUAUCUACUAUAACCUGGUCAUCUUCUACUAGUACUGAUACUAACACUGGUCAAGACUGGACAUUAACUCAAGCUAAAUGUCAAGAUACAGGAAUCUAUACAUGUACAGCUAAUAAUGGUAUUGGUCUACCAACUACUAAAUCUUUACCAUUAAAUAUUAGAUGUUCACCAAGAAUUGAAGGCAAUUUAAAAGAUGUAGUAAUAAGUAGAACAAGUGAAGAAGUAACAUUAAGUAUUGAUGUUAUGGCCUAUCCUAAACCUAGUUUUAAAUGGAUACAAGAAUCAACAGGACUAGAAUUAACACCAGAUACAACUCAACAAGUAGCUACCAAUAAUUAUAUUUCAAGUUUAACAGUCACAAUACAACAAUCUUCAUUUGAUAACUACAUUGUAACUGUUAAUAAUAGUAUAGGUGGUGAUAAAAGUUAUACUAUAAAGAUUAUUGAUGGUGAUUCCUCCAAACCUGAACCACCAUCAGAAUUAAAUAUACCUGCUAUUGUUGGGGAAAUAGUAGCUGCAGUUGUUGUUAUAAUAAUUAUUAUUGUGGUUGUAAUUUUAAUUAAAAGACGCAAGAAGAAAUCACCAGAAGAAAGUUAUGCAACGUUUACUAACAGAAAUCAAGCAGGUUAUAGAGGUUUAAAUACUCGUCCUGCAGUUUAUGAGAACGUUCUACAAAAUUCUGAAGAAUAUGUAAAUAUGACAAGAAAUUAA